AUGCCGCCUCACUCUACUUCUCUUCCUACUAAUGACGCUCGCCAUGAAUUGUUACUAUAUGUAAAUGGUAAGCGUAUACAAAUUGCUGAAAAGAACGUACGACCAGAGCAAACGCUACUCCAGUUUCUACGUCAUGAUCUAGGACUUACGGGUACUAAGCUCGGCUGUGGUGAAGGCGGUUGCGGUGCUUGUACUGUCAUGAUAUCUAAAUUUAAUGUGACCUUGGAAUGUGUAGCAAACACUAGUACAAUGGAAGAAGCUAUUAGUGGUCUAUACGAGGUACAGAAAGCUUUGGCUGAAUAUCACGCCUCUCAGUGCGGCUAUUGUACCCCUGGAUUUGUCAUGGCACUGUACUCGAUGGUCAAACAACAGGAAACAGGUGUGGAGCUUACGAUGGAAGACAUUAAGCACGGGAUGGAUGGCAAUUUGUGUCGUUGCACUGGGUACCGUCCUAUUCUGGACGUGGCCAAAAGCUUUGGUAAUGACGCAGGCGGAGCACAUUGUAAAGGUUCGUGUCCAGGAUGCUCGAAAGCUGCAGAAGUUGAUAUGGAGUACCUGCAUGGUGACAAGUCCAAGGAGAUGACAAGCUGUUCGUCUCGCAAGAUCCGCGAGAUGGUCAAGAACCGUAAACGGCGUACCCAUGAUGCUAACGUUAUGAUCAGCCAAUCCAAUAAGUCUGUAUUGUCGUUUCCAAAGGAACUUGUGGAGAAGACGAAAACGCCUCAGGUGUUGCAGAUCGACGGCAAACACGUCCAAUGGUUUGCUCCUGUAACGAUGACGCACUUGAUUGAAUUAAAAAGUCAACAUUUCGAUGCAAAAAUAUCAGUGGGCAACUCGGAGAUGGGGAUCGAAACGAAGUUUAAAGGAUUCAAGUACGCACAUCUAAUACAUGUUAGCCGCGUCCCAGAGCUUGUGGCCACGACAGAUGUGACACCAAAGAUCAAAUCAACCAGACAGCUUUUGCUAGAACGGAGCCAUUUGAAGGCGUCAAAUUUGGCGCUGCCGUGA